AGUGACCAUGGCCAUGGAAUGAGAUAGCGGUGUUUUAAGGCCAGUCGGUGGGAAUGAGAUGCCGAAGCAAGACAAAUCAAAAGCUAAGGGCAGCCCGUUCACCGCCUACGCUCUGCAGGGGCGCUCGCUAGACCAGCCCCUGGGCACCAAGCUCCCGGCUCUGCCAGGCUGCCAGAGCACGCUGUACAGGGGGACCCUCUGCGAGAAGUUGACGGUACCGUCCAGCGGCUUCACCCUCACCGAUCCCCAUGGGCACCUGCUGAAGUCCCAUUACAACAGCCUGUACGAUCCCAACCUCCGGCAGUAUUACUACCGCAAGGACAUGCUGGAACGGCUGAAGAAGGGAGGAUUCAUCACGGAGAACAAUAAAGUUAUUUGCUCGCUGAAGGACUUCAACGAGUACAGGCAGUAUCUCAUGAGUGUGAAGCUGGAUUAUGAGAGAAAUCACAAAAAAGAGCAGACGGCUCUGAUCAGGAGGCUCCAGGAGCCGGACGUGCUUCCCGAGGGCGUCUGCCUGGAGGACGUGAGGGAGUGGCUGCUGGAGGAAGGCAGGAAGAGCCUCUGGCAGCAAGACAGGAGCUGGAGGAAGAAGGACCUGGCGGAGGUGCAGGAGAGACAGGCGAGGCAGGUCAGAGACAGGGCUAGGAGCCGGGCAGAGGAGGAGGACCAGAAGGAGGUGGAGCCGUGCCCGAGCCUGGGACGGUGCGGGAGUCCGCAGGAGGAGGCAGACAGAUACAGGGAGCUGGAGUGGAAGCUGAAGGAGAGGGCGCUGCUGGAGAGGAUCGAGGAGGACGUGAAGAGUGAGGUUUCCAGGCAGCAGCUCCUGAGAGAGGCCGUGGAUGGGCGAGCCAGGAAGAGGCAGGAGCUCUUUGAAAAGAAGGUUGCUCUCCAUGAGCAGAUGCUGAGAGAGGUCAUAAGUGAAAGAGAAGAAUUUGAAAAAUCAAUAGCAGGAAGAUUUGAGAAGCAAAAAAUAAUAUCUGAAAUAAACCCAAACUUGAAACCAGCCCCUCCCAAGAGUGCUAAGCCGGAAGUUGUCAGAGCUGCCCCCAGGGGGCGCAACUGGACUAGACUCUGCAGAGGCCAGCGCGCCGGGUGCCCCAAAGACCGCUGCACCUCCCGGCCCCCGAGCAGCCCCCCUCCGCGUCCGGACGAGGCUCCGGCCCAUCUCCGUCAGGCAGGCGAGAAGAUCGGCCACAGCAGGACGACAGUUAAGGUGACGAGGAAGGAUGAGGAGGUGACAGACAGCCGGGAAGCAUCCUUUCUGCAUAUCAGCACGUCAGUGACGUCGGAGUCGUCUUCGGUGUCCGAGGGAGGCUUGAACGCGGGCUCGGUGCGCCAGCCCUCUGUCGUCCACCAGCUCUCCGACACACAUGGAGGCAUUGAAGAAACCCUUUAUGGAACAAAAAGCCUCAUGCCGGAAGCUGGGGAAGAGGUAUCUGCUGAUGAUUCCCUCUUGGCCAGGUCAGAGGCUGGUGGGGCUGGCGGGGCAGGAGUGAUGGAGAAUGGGGCCCUGCUUUGCUUAAAGGAGAUUCUGGGAAGCUCUCGGUCUUGCAUCAUGGCGAAGGUGGAGAGCGUGGUGUCGCAAGCUCUUGAGCAGGCUGUGACCCUCGGCUCAGAUGCCCGCAGCGAGGCCGAGCAAGAGGCGAUGCUAGCCAGCCCAGGACGGGUGAUCAGCCAUCCCAAAGCGAACGUCCUGUCCUCCGAAAUCGUGGACACCGUCAUUGACCACGUGAACUCGGCUCUCCUAAGGGACAGGCUCACGGAGUCGGCGAGAGGGCUAGUGAGGAGCUCUCUUACCUCCCUGGCCUCCGCUCAGGAUGCUGACAGCUUUGACCCAUCGGACUCCCGGGCCAUCAGCGACGUUUCCGAGAAGCUGGAUCCUUUCCUAUCUGACGUGGGAGAAUCUGCUUGCAAGCUGCUGGGCGGACAGAGGGAUGGCUUGCAGCCUGUGGCGUCCUCAGAGGGCGAAGCAGAGGACAUGGAGUCGGCGUUGGGAGACUUUGCAGCAGAGAUUAUCAGUGUCAUCCUGAAUGGGGUUAAAAGUGAGUCUGGCAGGGGAGCAGCCCCAGAUUCACCUUGGAGAUUCAGGAUAGGGUCCCUGAAGGCAAAUCAGGUGACUAUUAACAUUGUGUCUGCAGUGCUGGACAACUUAGAAAGCACUUUACUUGCCAAAAACAUCCAUCUUAUUUGUCCACCCAAAACAGAGAGGAGUGAUCCUAUAAGUGCUGAAUGUGAACACUGGCCAAAUGAAUCCGUCCAGUCAGGAGAUACCGGUGAGUGCGUGCUUGUGCGCUCUGAGACUGAGAGACUUCAAGAGGAAGCAGACUGCUUUGCCGAACAACCUCCAGCUGGUUUCGAGCCCAGCGCAGCGGUGACAACGUACAGUCCUCUGAAAGAUUUUCUGCUACCUGUGCAAAUUGUUUCCAACCCUGAGACACAACACCCAGGAACCUGGGUAUCCACUUCAAACCUUGACCUGAUCACCACUGACCUUGUUCGUGUUCUGUGUGCAAUGGGUCCUACUGAUGCAACGGUGCCACAUAUUUCACAUGCCAGUGUUGCAGAAGCAGAGCUCAGUUCUCCUGGAAGUGAAGGCAAUACUUUCGAGCCAAUCUGUGUGCCAGUAAGGGAAAGGUCCAGUUUGGAGACUGCUGCUUGGAGAAAGUCAUCUGAGCACAAAGACCCUACAGUUGCGUCUGGAGUAACUCGAGGCAUCUUAGGAUUGUCCAGACACAACAUUAUUGAACAAGCGGAACAUGUAGUUGUGGAUAUUAUCAAAAGCGCAAUAGACCAGUUAACCCCUGCAGGGCCUGGGUUUCCAACAACGGCCAAGUCACCCAGUCAAGCCAGAAUCAACACCUCGCUCUCCAAUUCUCUGGCACAGCAACCUAUGCUAAGUGCAGUGGCCUCUGAUGUUGUUGACACGGUCAUUUGUAAAGUUGAGCAGGCUCUAUCUUCAACAGAGUCUAACUUAUUUCAGGGUGAUGCCAGUAUAAAGGAUUCUGAAAGUGGGGGUGUCCAGCACCAAUCUACAGUGUGGAAGACUCCGUCUGAAGUAGCCUUUGCAGCAUCACAUAUCAACACCCUCUGUGAUGAUAUCACGAUGAGUGUCGUGGAGAAGCUGCAGGAUCUAAUGCCUUGUCAGACUGAGCCCUUGUCAUACUCAUCUUCCCAAGCUUCGACCUCUGCAAGCUCAUUGACUGCAGGUGAGCCUGACACAGUGGCACAGGGUUCUCAGCAGCAAGAGUCAGGAAUAAACACUUAUGCAAAGAAGAUUGUGAGUGCAAUUCUGUGCACGGUCAAGGGUGAGUUAGAAGGAAAAGAACAGGAAUUGGCAGAAACCAGUCUCUCAGGUUUUCAGAAAGAGGAAUUGACCCUGAACAGCUUUGCAAAGAAAGUUGUAGGUGCUAUCCUAGACACGGUCCAGAAUGAGAAAGAUAGUCAAGCUCUGCACAAAACAGCGAACAAUUGCUCUGAAGAAUGGAUACUCUACUCUGAAAUGGCAUCUUCAGUGUUGGACAAUUUAGAAUUUGUAGAGUGUGACGGUGGCACGUCAGGGACAAAGCUCAGUGCCACUGGUAGCCAUAGCAGUGUACUUACCUUGACUUGCUUAAAAAAAUCGAGUGAUCUUGCAGCCUCAAAGAAUGAAUUUAGAGAAACUCAAAACAUAUUAAAACCAUCCAGAUCCACCAUUAUCAGGCAAGCAGAACAAGCAGUCCUGGAAAUUAUUGAAAAGGCAGUAGAUCAAUUAAUUCUCUCAAUACCUACUGUUCCAACUAUGACUACAUCUUCCAGCCAAACCAGAAUAUCCAUGAAAUCGCCCUCAGACUCUCUGCUCAGCCUGGUGGCCUCUGAUGUCGUUGACACUGUUCUUGGGAAGAUUGAGUCCUCCACUUCCUCCUCUGCCACCAGUCUUAAAGACUCUGACAGCGCAGGUCAGCUGCCCAGCCCUGCUGUGCGGACUGUUGAGUCGAAUACAGUCUUCACUCCAUCAAAGAUCUACAUGAUCGCCACAGACAUUGUCAGGAGUGUCACAGAGAAGCUGCAGCAACUAAAAUCUCUCAGCAUUCAGACCUUUUCUGAAUCCUCCCCAGAAUCCCUGAGCUCUGUUAGCUCAGUGGUCAGAGAUGGGCUUCCUUCAGCUCCAGUGGACACUCAGCAGACAGAGACAGAGCUGAAGAGUUAUGCCAAAGAGGCUGUGAGUGCUGUGCUGCUGACAGUCCAGAGGGAGCUGGACAGAGAGAUUCCCCAGGGAAAGACAGGAGUCAGUCCUUCUGCAGAAAGCCUGCUUGUGUCUCAGGUUGUUUCCUCAGUCUUGGAGCAGAUAACAAACAGAACAUCAGAUGACAAUAUAGCAAAGCCAGGAGAUGUACAAAAAUCUUUUGAGCCAUUAAGCAUACCAGUUUUGGAAAAGAAAGUUUGUUUUCAGGGUGCUGUUUCAAAACAGUCUAGUGAAGGAAUUAUCCCAACACUCAUGCUUGGAGAAAGUCGAGACAUUUUAGGACUGUCUGGGUCUGUUAUUAUUAAACAAGCAAAGGGGAUAGUCCUGGAAAUUAUUGAAAGGGCAGUAGAUCAAUUACAUCUUUCCAGAUCUGUCCCUCUAGGUGUUGCAGAAUGUUCCAGCCAAACUGGUAUCAAAAUGAAAUCACCCUCAGACUCUCUGCUCAGCCUGGUGGCCUCUGAUGUCGUGGACACUGUUCUUAGGACGAUUGAGUCCGCCUCUUGCACCCCAGGUGUUUUGUCUUGUGGCGAUGUCAGCAUUGUGGAUUUUGAAACUGUGGGAACGUGUCCAAAUCCCUCAGUAUGUGUGACUGAUUCUGAUUUGCUCAUUGAAGAUCUUGUUACGAGUGUCAUGGACAAGCUAAAGCCGUUGGCUAAUUCUGGUAAGAGAGCUGUCUCUGGACCACCUCUCAGGGAUUCCACGUCUCUUAAUUCAUUGAUGCCACAAAGUCUCCCCAGCCUGCCUUUGACAGAUAUUCAGGAGGUGGAGUUCGCCUUGAACUCCUUUGCCAAAGAGGUAGUGAGCUCUGUACUGGAAGUGGUUAAGGACGAAUUAGAUGGAGAGAAUCUCCUGAAGUUAUCCCCCUCUGGACCUGUCACCAAUUCAGAAGAAACUCUGCUAGUGUGCGAGAUUGUGUCCUCAGUCCUGGAACAGUUAAAGCAUCUGGAAGAUAUUCCAGGCUGUGCAGUCCCACACACUGAAAAUACUGUGGAAAAGACCGAAGCUAACUCUCAUCCCCUGAGGAGCGCAGAUUCAGGGGUGGAACUGACUAAGCUGCAGACAUGCAAUGACCAAUCGUCUUCCAAAGUUAGCUCGGAGUCGGAAUUCAAGACGGCUACAAUAAAGUCGGUUUGUGGCAUUAUGGAAAGGGUUGCCGCAAAAUUCCAGCCCCCGAGAUCUGACCACCACGCUGUGGAGUCAUGCAGCAGUGCUCUGAGGGAAGUUUCGGACGUACAGAAACAUGCAUGUGAGUCUUGGUCUUCUGCCUGUUUGCCUUCAGCAGCUUCAGAUGUUGUAGAGGCUGUGCUGGGAAAACUUGUGGAAGUGGCCGGCAGCGAAGAGGUUUCAGACGAGCGCAGCCUUGGGCAAGACCGGUGUGCUCAAGAGCCAUCCACCACUUUGGCCAGGAAAGUAGACUCUGGCACGUGGGUUGAGCCUUCACAGAUCCAAGGAGUCACUGAGGAACUGGUUGACACAGUGAUGGGUAAACUUAAAGUUUUUUUGGGCAUGAAGUCAUCAUCUGAAAGCCAACAGUUGCCUGCUCAAAUGUGUGGAUCUGGAGAAUUAAAAGGGGACAGUUUCCCAUUGUCAGGAGGUGUAUCAGUGUGUGAAACCAAAAGUGAAGUUAAGAGCUCAGGCUUAAGCCGCUGUGUACAGGAUGUUGUCAGUCAGGUAUUGCAUAUGAUCAAGACUGAGAUAGACGGGGAGAAUGAAGCCCGUGCCUCACAGGAAACACUGCUAGCAAAAAAAGUUGUGGAUUAUUUUUUGUGCAAAGUCACUGCUCCAAAACUAGAAAAACUGGAUUCUGAGAAAACCGUGAUUAUAACUGAAGAGCCCUGCCGAGUUACAAGCACUCAUGUUGAAAAAGAAGACUUGGAAAUGCCUGAUGAAAUCCCUGUCCAGCCCUGUGAUCCCGUCAAUGUCCCAGGCAUGGUCAUCUACUCGCAGUCCGACUCCACCGACGAGACCCCGACGGUCUCCUCCAGGAGAGCCGCUUGCAGCUCCUCAUCGAAGACUCCCGCCCCGGCCAGCGAGAAGGAGGAGGACCUCUUCAAAGGCCCGGGGUCCAGGUGCACCAUGGGUAUCCGACCACGCUGCCGUAAGAAGUCUUUGGCCCCGAAGGAUCUAGGCCUGUCUGGAAAUGAGCCAGACUUCGUGUCCGAGGGGGUAACCCCCAAACGAAAUCUCAUGGAGAAGCUUUUCAGGGGAAAAAGAUUCACAGCCAAGGAACAGCUGGCAGGAGAAACCAUAAGGUCCAGUGCUAGAGCAGCAGACCCUUCUGGCCCCACCAGCGCUGUGCGGCUGCCUACUGGAAGAGGCACAGCGCCCCCUGCUGGCUCCACGGCGCCGGAGAAUGGCCUGGCAGUCGGCACGGUUGCAGACGCUGCAGACUCUCUCGCUAGAACCAGGCGUAGAGGGAUUCCAGCCCAGCUUCCGGAGAAGACCUUCCUGGCCCCCAUGUCCGUGAGCUCGGCCACCUGCUCCACUGUGGGUUCCUCCCUGGGCCAGGAUCCCGCCAUGGCAGCCAGAGAGAGACGUGUGAAAAAGCUGCCGAAGAUAGCCCCACAGGCUGUUGAGAAGGGCCUCCAACAGCACCCAGGACAGUUUGAGGGCUUCCCAGCUGUUGUUCCUGUUCCUCCGACCUGCCCCAGAGACAAGCCUCCUCCUCAUAGACGGCUCCUCAGAGUCAAGAUGUUUCCUGCCCAGAGGUUCCAGUAAUCCGGCGCCCCCUACAGACGACGGGGAGGGAAAAGCAUCCGAAUAAAAAAAAAUAUUUUUAUAAAAGAUUAAAAAAAGGUGAAAAACU